CAAACACAAAUACAUAUAUCAUAUAUGCAUGAUGAUGGCCACUCAAGACGAGGGUAUAACGUUGGAGCUGAUACGCCAACACCUUCUCGGAGACUUUGCUACCUCGACGGCCACGACGUCGGAGGCCUUCAUCGACAACCUUAACUUCUGUUUCCCAGACAAUAAUCUCUUCACCAACCCACAAAUCGCAACCGAUUUUUCAACCGAACUUGUUCCGUUACAAUUUACGGAUCAAGAUUUUUUUAGUGGAACGAAUUUCUUCUCUAUAAAGUUCGAAUUUUGUAAUUCGGACUUAACUGAGUUAAAUCAACCUGACUUGCCUAGUGUCCCUUAUUUUAACCCGCACCUCAAUUUUCCCCAGUUUUAUGAAACCAAACCCGACAUUUUUGAAGACAAGAUGUCAGGCGUGAAAGAACAGCAAACACCGCCCGCUCCAAAUCCAAUCUUGACAGAACAUGUCUCUUGGAUUUCAAGCGGGCAGGGCGAAUAUGGGUCGGGUUUUUCGUGUGCUAGUCGCCCCGGAAAAGGGAGGUAUUACAGAGGGGUUAGGAGGCGGCCGUGGGGAAAAUACGCGGCGGAAAUCCGAGAUCCGACCCGGAAAGGAUGCCGGAUAUGGCUGGGGACUUACGAUAACGAAGUGGACGCGGCACGCGCUUACGACUGCGCGGCAUUCAAGAUGAGAGGUAGCAAGGCGAUUCUGAACUUCCCGAUGGACGCCGGAAAGGCGUUGCCGCCGGCCAAAGUUAACCGGAAACGGAGGAAGGAAAGCAAGAGCAAAAUGGCGGUAAAAGAUUGACAGUUGAUGUUGGAAAUACAGUUAAGUUCUAUCUACGUACGGCCAGAAACUGUAAUCUAAAAAUGUGAAAACUGUUUAAUUUCUUUUUUUUUUUUUUUUUUUUCUAUUUUCUUCCUUUAUAACUCGAAAUGUUUUAAUUUCUAAAAAUGUAAAAA